AUUCAGGUCAUUUUGCCACACUACACAAGAAGCUUCGUGUCCAUUCAAAUGCAUGUGAACGAGUUAACGGAAUAAUUAAACGCCAUCGUAAGAGAAAACUCCGAGAUGGCGCAGGGAGAAACAAACCGAGCGUUUCUGUAUUUAUCUCUUGUUUGGUUCAUCUAUCUUAUUGUUGGCGUGUUUAUAUUCAGAGCUGUUGAACGCCCCGAUAGACCAAACCCCGAGAAAUCAAAAACACAGCAGUUGGAGUAUAUGAAAGGCAAUAUUACAGCCAAAUACAAUAUGAGUGAGACCGAAUUUGACAUCAUUGUGAAGCAAGUUGAAGCAGCUUUGUCGGUUUCUAGUGAUGGACUGGAAUGGAGCUAUCACGAAUCGUUAUCGUUCGUGGUUCAACUGGUAACAACAAUAGGAUAUGGUAAUAUCACGCCAGUGACUACAAGUGGCCGAGCCCUUUGUAUGAUCUUCGCCUUGUUUGGUAUCCCGAUCAACAUUUUGUUCCUGCAGAUGGUCGGAGAAAGAAUGCUGCGCUGCGAGCGACUCCUCGUUACGAAAUUCGAAUCAAGCUGCCUCGAGAGAGAGGGCGAGCCAAGACACUUGAAUGAAAAGAGUUCUUUUUUGGGUCUUGUGUUGUUAGUGAUAAUAUUACUCGUAGGGGCAGCAACUACGGUAAAAGUUAAUGACUGGACGUUCUUUGAGGGUUUUUACGCCUUCUUCAUUACUUUCACAACAGUUGGAUUUGGCGAUCUGAUCCCAGGAGGCGGCUCGACAAAACACCCCGUCUCGAAUACAGUUAUUCGAAUCAUUUUUAUCAUUCUGGGUUUGGCGGCCAUGUCGAAUGUUAUCAACGGACUCGUUUCAGUACGAAAUUGUAAAGAGUGCAAAGUAUUUUUCAAGAAUUUAAAGGCUCGGUUUGGAAGAAAACAAGGAGAUGAAAAUCCUGAAACGAAGGAAAAGAUGGGAAUGGAAAUAAACGAAUAAAUCGAAAAGCAUGUCGAACUUUAAAGAACAAGGAUGUAACUGGUGCAUGUUGAUUAUUAAACUUUAAUUUUUCAAGUUUAUCUCUUCCAGUCUUCUCCAUUCUCCGCCACCCUUGAUCCUUCUUGGUUUAUUAUCGCCUCUUUUGUGUUUUCUAUCUUACUAAACCAAUAUUUUCUAGUCUCUUUUAAGCUAAGAGGUUUUUUGUUCGUCACAAACAAAUUGACCCAGGUUAUCUAGGCCAUGAUCCAUUGUACCAGAGAUACGAAGUUUUUCCAAAAAUCGACCAAAAUUCAAA